ACUCCCUGAAUAUAGAUCAACACAAAGUCCAUGUCAGUUCGUGCAUGUUAAACAGAAAAAAAAACGUAAAGGCUGUUUCCAAAAUCUUACAAUAAGACUUAUAUUACAGAAUAAAGUUCAAUAAUUUUUGUGAUAUAAAUUGAACGGUGAUAUAAAUUGUCGUAUUCAUAUUUCGCUGAUAAUGUUCAGUUGGCCAACAAAGUUUCAAGGAAACGCCAAGUAUCAAAUAUGGAAAAAGUGGCAGCUGUUUCAUGCUACGGACUUUCAAUCGUUGAUGUCUCCGUGCUUCAUCUUUUGCACCGUUCUUGGACUAUUUCCAUACAAAAUCAACGGUCGGACCUUUGAGACUUCCAAACUACGUUACACUAUGUCAACCGUCAUUCUCUGUAUUCUCUGCAUUUACUAUCUAGUGGUGCUGUAUAAGAUUGAUAUUACUAAAACGAUCACAUUCAAGAGCAUACCUAAGACUCUUGAGCGUAACUGCUUAUACAUACUCUGUAAUUUUAUUGCGAUCGUUACAUACGUUUUAAGCGGUCCUCGAAUGCAUUUGCUCCAGGCCAUAAUGAAUAUCUCUUCAAAACUGCCUCUCAACUCGUAUCAAAAACUAUCUAGAUUGAUCCACGCUAAAGAUAUCUUCGGCUUUUUCUAUCUAUUCGUACAAGGGAUAUUAUAUUAUACCAUGUUGGAUUUCAAUACUUGGCAUAAAUUUUUUUUUCCGUACAUUGCUCUGUUGGUAUUUCAGAUGGAUAUGCUAUAUAUGAAUUGUGUUUGUAUAUUAAAGGCCUGUUUCAAAAGAAUUGACGACAAUUUGAAGAAUAUGCGAGAGCUCGUAGUAAACGACGAGCCACAUCUCCUGAGGCGAAUCUAUCAUGAGCAUAAAAAUCCAUUUCUGCUAAUGGAGCUCAAAGCUUUAAAGAAACAGCAUCUGGCGAUCAGUGAUAUUGUACAAGUGCUAAACACAAUUUUCAGUCUGCAGCUCCUAGCUACUAUAAUUCUGACUUUUGCCGAAAUCACUUUUCAACUGUACUUCUACAUAAUACAUUGGGAAACUGGCAUGACAAUGAUUGAUGUCGACAACCAACUUUAUGAUCUGUUGCUAGUAGUGAAUAUGGCAUAUUAUUCGACAAAAAUAAUGUUGAUGGUAUGGGCUUGUGAGACCGGUAAAGAUCAGGCCAUGAAGAUCGGCAUUACUGUUCAUGAUCUGCUGAAUAACACUUCAGAUGAGCAUAUAAAAGACGAAUUGCAGUUGUUUUCCUUGCAAGUACUGCAUCGCGAAAAUGUAUUCUCCGCAAAAGGUCUCAUUGUGGAUGCUACUCUUCUCACUGCGAUAGUGAGUAACAUAACUACAUAUCUGCUAAUAUUGAUACAAUUCUUAAUUACAACAAAUUUUUGCAACAAAAAAGAUAGUACAUAUAAUGUCACACAAAUAAUCUAAUUAUAAAAAUAUUAAUUACUAAAAGAAAUAUACAUUAUUAUUAUAUUAUUAAGUUAAGAUACUCUCUUUUUACGUUACGACAAUA